AUGUCCGACAUCACUCAAGAUACGCUGCUGCAGCGUCUUUCAGAAUUUUUGACCACAUAUGGUCCUCUCCCAGCAGAUAUAGACUUCGGUGAUGAACUUACCGAGGCCCAUAAUCUUAUUGCUGAAUGUUUGGAGGCUUUUAUCAAGCCUUCCGAAAUCCCGGAAUCCGUUAUCGACACGGUCCAAGAAGAGGUCAUUAUUGGCCUCACCAAGGAACUCGAAGCAGCUGACGAAAAGGCUGCCGAUCUAUUGCAAACCUUGUCCGAAU